CUGUGACCAAAAAGGAGAAAUAUUUUGUUUGUUGAUGGAAAACUUGGAGUAAUUUUAACGAUUUCUGCCCUAGCCAGGCAAAUGUCUAGGUUCCAAGAGCUCAAGAAAGAAAUUUCUGUCUUGGAAAAGACUUUUGGGCCCGAACAUGAGUUUUUCCGAGUAUCAUCCAAUGGUUUAGACGAGCUGAUUUGCCGCUUCGUAUGUCCAAGUACAAACAUCGAGCAUGUUAUUCACUGCAAUAUCUCGGAGUCGUAUCCCGACCUUGCUCCGAUGUGGUUUAGUGAAAGCGAAGACCCAGCUAUCAACCAAGUAGUCGAGUCCUUCAGCAAUAAUGGAGUUAAUUGUUCGGGACCAAAACAGCUUCUUCGAGCAACACAACAGCUAAUCACUGACCUAUUCAAAAGUCAAAAUCUUCCUUUACCUCCAAAUAUCGAAAACUUGUCAUCUAUUCAACUUAUACAGGAUGAAAUAAAUCGGACAGAACCAAUGGAUGAAGAUGAAAGUGAAGAUGAGGGCCUCGAAGAGGAUAAUGAUGAAAACAGUGAAGACUCAGAUAACUACGAAAUGGAGGAUGAAGAAGAGGUUGAUGACAAAAAAGAAGAACAUGAAAUUGGUGCAGAAAACUUUGCAGUGUUAGAAAGACUGAGAUUAAGCAGACGAGAAGACCAUUUGAAGGGUUCUGUGUGUGGAUCAGUCCAGGCAACAGACAGACUCAUGAAAGAAUUGAGAGAUGUAUACAGAUCUGAUAGUUAUAAAUCAGGUAAUUAUUCUGUCCAAUUAAAUGAUGACAAUCUCUAUGACUGGAGUAUUAAAAUUAUGAGGGUUGACCCAGAGAGUACACUACAUAAAGAUAUGAUCCAACUGAAAAAGCAAGAAGGACUUGAUCAUAUUCAUUUAAAUCUAUCCUUUACUGAUAAAUUUCCAUUUGAUCCACCAUUUGCCAGAGUUUGUUAUCCUAUUAUCAGUGCAGGCUAUGUUCUCAGUGGAGGAGCUAUCUGCAUGGAAUUAUUAACCCCACAGGGCUGGAGUAGUGCCUACACGAUAGAAGCAGUAAUAGUACAGAUAACUGCAACCUUGGUCAAAGGAAAGGCAAGAAUUAACUUCCAGGACAGUAAAAAGCCUGGUGUGUACAGUCUGGUCAGAGCUCAACAGUCCUUUAAAUCACUAGUUCAAAUCCACGAAAAAAAUGGAUGGUACACCCCACCAAAACAUGAAGGAUAAAGAUCCACAGCCAUACAUCUUCUAUAAUGACUCCUCCUUCUAGGAGAAUAGUUGGGGAUCAAGUCCACAGCUGAUCAAAUGUUCCUGUUCUUCUGUAUUUGUUUAUCACAACUGAUCUGAUCUUUGAAUGGUAGGAUAAAGUUGACUGAUGAUUCAGAUUGAAGAAUUAGUCUAGAAUGUUUGCUGUCAACUCAGCUCUGCAGUAUUUCAAGUGCUCUUUGUUUCCUCGUCAUUGUAAUUGUUGUUGAGUUACAAGUUGUUUUGCUAUGGGGUAAGCUUUUUGAUUCUUAUUUACAAAGGACUAUUAUUCAUCCAUAUUUGCUUCAUGGCCAUAUAAAUGUUGUUUAUUUGUCUAGUAAAAGUCAUUUAGGAAUGUAAAAUUUCCAAAGAAAUUCAAAUUACUAGGCAACAGUUGUCCAAAAAAUCUUUUUUUAAAUUUUAGUUUCAAAAAUUGAAAUUUUCUUCAUUUUAUGGAUGAUAUUUGCAAGAAUAGCAAGAAUACUUGUUGGAUGAAAUUUGCAAGAAUACUUGUAUGAUAUUUUUUGACUGGUGAGCUUCUAUUUUCCUUAAGACAGCAUGGUGAUGAGUAAGGCUAUACCAAACUUGUCUAAAUUCUUCUCACUUUUUAUGGUCAAUGUAUGCUGGAUGAAAAUUGGCCUUUACAGUGCUAAUAGGAAAACCAUGGGUGCCUAGACAUAUUUAUUAUUCUUAUCUUUCUGUUAUCUUGUGGUUUUAGAAAGUCAACUCUGAUUGGCCAAAAACAAUAGAACAUUCCUGGAAUAUUUCAAGGUGCCAACAGUUUUUCAAUUCACACUGUAAAAUCUCGUACUACAGUAUAAGCGUUAGAAUACUCAUGUCUACCAUUUUUUACUGAGCCUGUAUAGUAAGGCAUGGAUGCUUAUAGAAAAGUUUUUAAAGUGGUCCCUAGAAGGUACCUGAGUCUAGUUCUGGUCGGCUUAUGAACUUUCGUACCGAUUAUCCAUGAUGUGAGUGACAGAUACUUGUCAGAUCCUCCUUCUCAGCCUGUACACACCUCGUGUGGUAUAGGCCGUCAUCUUGGUCAUCUUAACAGGCCUUUUUUUUGUUCUGACAAGUUUGAGCUAAGCAACCUUACUUUGGUUUUAACAGUCUGAGGGCAUCAAGACAUGACCCCCUUCAUUUGAAUUCUCAGGUCAAAAGAUCAAAAAUAGGCCUUUUGCAACAACAGGUCACGUGACCCUAACCCCCAUAAAAAGAUAUAACUAGCUAAAAACUAGUGUGAGCUGCGUCGGUGUUUCUAAUGAAACAGUAAUGAUGAAAAGGUAAAUUAUACACCGUGAAAAGACAUGUUCUGUUAAAAUGAACACCAGAAAUGGAAAGAGCACCUCAAUAUUAGUAAGAAGGCAAGUUUUAGCUCAUGGUGUUGACUAUAAUAGAAAUGGCAUUAAAUAUAAGAUUAAAUAUUUAUAAUGAUUUGUAUGGGAAAAUAUGCUGGAUGGCAUAGCGGAUUAGGGUCAUGUGACCUGUCGUUGCAACAGGCCUAUUGUCAUUAGUUUCCAAGUCAACAUAUAGUUUUACAAGAUUUUCCAAAUUGACUUGGCUCUGACAUGUAUCCAAAUGAGAACAUGUCCUCAUAUGAAAAAUACGCAAUCAAUAUAUUAUAUCCACUUUCAAAAAGGGCUCAUUUUCUAUURCUACUUCCAUCUGUGAAGACCAUUUAUUACUGUAUAAUAGUGCAAUGAUCAAGAACAGUGAAUAGUUUUAAUUCUAAUGUAAGAGAAAAUAACAUAUGUUUAAACAAUUCAGACAAACUUAUUAAUUUUAAAUAUUUUUUAGUAACAGGUGUUAUUUACUGUUCAGGAAAAGUCUCAUUCAAUAUUUGUUACACUCCUUUCAUGUCUAACUCCCCUAUCCCCGGUCUUACCAAACCUGGAUCUACCCUUCACACAUGUUGAGCAAUCCUUUCUUGCCACUAACACUCUGUUCCUUCUGAAAGUGCACACAACACAUCACUCAAGCCAAGAAAUAUUUUCCAUUCAACUAUUUACUUCAUGUAGAAUCAGUACUAAAAUGUAUUGUCAUGCAUUUCCUAGUAUGGCUAUUGAGGCUCACCACUAAGCUAUACUUUUGAGGCCCUUAAAUCGAAAUGAUACAUUUGAAGGUAAAAGCUAAAAAAAAGGUAGGGUGGAAUCAAAAUUCUAUUUUCAUAUAAUUACACCAAUUGUAAAUUUAAAAGUUCUCUCCUGCCAUAAUAUUUGGCACAAAUUUAGGAUUCAAAAUCUCAUGCUGUUGCAUAAUGAUAGGAAAGUGUUUUGAAGAAGUAAUUUGUCAUGUGAUACUGUUACAAAAGACCUAACCAAGAAAAUACUGCAGACGUCCAGUAAUUUCUGUUUUUUCACCCCUUGAACCAAGUCCCAAUAUCUGCCUAUCCCUUCUGCAUAGACUGACUUUAUAAAUAUACUUCUUUGCAAUAUAUUGGUAUUGCUACCUAUUCUGGAGAUCCUCAGAAUGAGGCUAGAAGGGCAAAUAUAUUGUUCUAUGAAAUAGACUGAUAUUGCUGCACUGGAUGUCUAACCUCGUUCUGGUGCUCAGAAUGAGGCAGAAGGGUAGAUAUAUUAUUCUUUGCAAUAGUCUGGUUCUUACACUGAAUGAAUGUCAAACCUUUUACUGCUGGUCCUCAGAAUGAGGCUAGAAUGGCAAAUAUAUUCUAAUGUUAGUCUCUAGGUUAGUCUGUAGGUACAAUCAAAGACAUUCAGUGAUUCAAUAGCUUGACUUACUAUGUAAAUAUAGCAGUGAUACUUUGCUUUGAUUUGUAUAUAAUGACAACUGAUAAACUGUUUUCUCUUCCAUAACUAUGCAGCUAUACUCAUGCAAUACAGCACCCUAAGACAACUUUAUAUAUUAAUAUUCUAAAUAUAUAUCACUAUGUAGUGGGUGUUAGCCAGGAAUAGCAACUAAAGAUUUUGUAAUGAGAAAAAUACAAAUUAAUAAUCGAUUAAUAUUGUAAAUUUGACAA